UAAAUUUACUAUUAUCGUGAGUAGCAGGCUUUUCAACUCCAAUACGUUCCAUUAAGAUCAACGAAUACGAUUACGUCUCAUUAUUUCGAAAGAACGAACAUUAUCCUCAUAUCCUUUUGAAUGAAUGUUUCGGCGAUUACAAAGCAAAUGUUGCUACAUAAACGAUAAAUCGGCAUCAAUUAUUGCCGAAUGCGUGUUGUCUACUUCAAAAGAGUGUAUAUAAAAAUUGCGGCAUUUUGAAGCUGCGAAUUGAAAAUUACGUUAAAGCAUCUUCAGGAAAUAUGAAUACUGAAAUUUAUGAGACUUUACCUACAUCAUCUGUGGCUGUACACAUGACAGCAGGUGCAUUUGCCGGAAUUAUGGAACAUUGUGUUAUGUAUCCACUUGACAGUGUUAAGACAAGAAUGCAAGCAUUAACACCAAAUGCAGGUGUAAGAGGUGGAGUAAGAACUGUUCUAAGGAGAAUGGUACAACAAGAAGGUUUUUUGAGACCAAUUCGUGGUAUGAGUGCAAUGGUUGUAGGAGCUGGUCCUGCACAUGCAUUGUAUUUUUCAUGUUAUGAGUUUAUUAAAAAUAAAUUUUUGAAUUCAAGAACAUAUUCUGAAUUGAAUGUAGCUCCUUAUGCAAUUGCUGGUUUUGUGGCAACACUUCUUCAUGAUGGUAUAAUGAAUCCAGCAGAAGUGGUUAAACAGCGAUUACAAAUGUAUAAUUCUCCUUAUCAAAAUGUUAUGACAUGUAUAAGAAAUAUAUAUAAAAAUGAAGGUGCAUAUGCAUUCUAUAGAAGUUACACGACACAAUUGACUAUGAAUAUACCUUUUCAAACAAUCCAUUUUGUUACUUAUGAAGUUGCACAAGUUGUCACAAAUCCUAAUCAUAUUUAUAAUCCAAUAGCACAUAUGGUAUCAGGUGCAUUAGCAGGAGCUGUUGCUGCUGCAGUUACAACACCUUUAGAUGUUUGUAAAACACUUCUAAAUACCCAAAAUGGUGUACAGGCUCAAGGCAUGAAAGAUGCUUUAAGAAUUGUGUAUAGAUAUGGAGGUUUAUCUAGUUAUUUCCGUGGUUUAAAUGCCCGUGUUCUUUAUCAAAUGCCAGCCACAACUAUUUGUUGGUCAACAUAUGAGUUUUUCAAAUAUAUAUUUCAAGAAAAACAAGAUGAUGGAUAUCGUGGACCAGAAGUUGAUAAUGAUUCUUCAAAUGAAAUUAAUCAGAACCAAAGUUCAAAUUCUAGAUUUCAUUUUCUAGUCUUUUUCAAGAUAUGAGCGUAUAUCUCAAUAAAAAUGCUCCAACCUCAGUGUUACUUGGUGUGACAACGAGUUAAGUAUUUUUGAAUCUUUACUGACACCAUUUGAACUGAAGAACUAUUGAAUGGUAGAUAAAAUAUCCGUUUUUUCGUAUUUGGAGAGUUUAUCAACAAUAUUUCGUUAAUUCAUCUACGCUAUUAUUACAUGUAUAUAAUAAUUCAUAAUGAAGAAAUACAUGUAUAAAUGAAAAUCCAUUUUGAGCCAAGUGCGGGACGCAAGCUCAACAGAAUAAGAAAAAUGAAUCAGAAAAUUUCUUUAGUUAUUUUUUAAUAUAUGACUAUUUAAUAAUGUAUAAUUACAAACUAAUGACUGCAUUUUCUAGUACAUUGAAGUAAACGGCAAGUAGUAUUUUACAAAUAUUCACCAAACCAUUAAAACAUUAUUAAUUGAUAUAAAAUCUAAAACAAGGAAUUGUUAAUAUAAUAAAAAGAUAUUUUGUUUUUCUUAACAUACUAUAAAAUACUAUAAAGAUAGAAUCUUUGAAACUUUUAUUGAAUAUCAUAUUUUAUUAAACAAAAUAAUUAACAAUGUAUUAUUUUAAAAAAUUAAUGAAAUACAAUUAUUAAUUAGUAAUAUUAUUUCACAAAAGAUAACAUAAUAUAAAUGUUGUGUAAAUGAUAGUUAUUCAAUAUUAAAUGUACUAUCAUUUACCAUAUCAUUUAUAUUAAUCAACAAGAAAUUCAUUAUGAAAAUUUAAAAAAGAUUAUAUAACAAAUAUGCUAAAUUAUAUGUAAACUAUGUUCAAUUUAUUUAUGAAAUAGUUUAUAUAACUUUUGUUAUAAAAUAAUUUAUGAAUUAUUCGCGUGAAUGUAUUUUUGGCGUUCAUAAAAUACGUGAUAAAAAAUUUAAAUGUUAGAAUAAUUAUUCAUUCAAAGUGAACCAUGUAAUUUUGAAUCAAAAUGAUAUACACAUAUUUUGUAUAGAAGAAAACUGUUAAAAGUAUUUUAAUUAAAUACAGUAAAAUUAUAUUGGUUAAAUCAUAAGUAAAACAAUAAUAUAAUUAUCUUUAAAAAUAUUAAAUUUGAAAAAUAUGCUCUAUUUGAAUAGUAAAUUAGAAUAAUAAAUUUAAUUAGUAUAUUUAAGAUUGUACCAUUAUUGUACACUUAGAUUAAAAAACAAACAGUGGGAUGCAUGGAAAAAUUGAUUAGCAAAGCAGUGUGUGUAGUACAAUUAAAAUAAUACAUUUAAAAUUUGAAAUUAAAAAUUCUUAAUUGAAAUCUCAUAUACUUCGAAUGAAAAAUAUGAAAUUUUAGUAUUCGAUUUAUUAUCAUAAAAUAAUAACGCGGUUCAUCUAAAUUUAGACAAAAUGUAAAUUUACUAAUACCUUCAUUAAUUAUGAAAUGAAACGUUAGAUAAGUCCUACAUAAAAAGGUACAGAAUUUAGACUAUCUUGUAGAACAGUAUAGUAUAAGUUAAUAUUGCGUGUGUACAGUAUGAAGAAACAAAUUAUAAAGCAAAGAAACGGCAAUUUUAUUGUGCAACAAGUACAAUUCGCCUUGAUUAUACAAGUACAAAUUAAGAAUUGCUCCUUAGUCUGUGUAAUAUAAAUAAUUCAUCUAAACAUUAUAUCACAAUAUUGCUUCCUAUGGCUGUGAUUACUGAGUCAUUUGAUGUUGACUUUAAGAGGGAGUAAUAUCAUAUGAAAACUCAUACUUCACGCCAUAUUUAUUUAUUAUUGUUCAUCGCUACCGAUAUAAUAUUAUUUGACACCUUAAAACAUGUCAUUAAUUGUUGUAUACAUAAAAAUAUAUGUAUAAUCUUUUUAUAAAUGUCUUUUGAUAAAUUUUUUUUUUCAAACGAAGAAAAAUAUAUAUUUAAAUUAUUUUUAUGGUGCGAAGAUAUGAUUUUUAACAAAAAAAUAAAAUUUAUAAUAAAAUUUGGCAUAUAAAUUAAUCUAUGCAUGUAAAUAUACAUGUAUAUGUUAUAUGUAUAAUGUAAAAUAUCAAUACACCGAAUAAAUAAACAGUAUUUAAUUCGGUGUUUAAUAAAUGUGCAUUUCGCAGUAAUCUUUAAAAUUUAUAAUAAUCGCGCAAAAUUUAAUUUUUUUUAAUUGUUCAAAUAAAUACUCACUUUACAUAGUAUAAAAAUUAAUAUUAGCGCCUAAUUUUUAUUAAUAUUUACGAAAUUAAAUUUUAUGUAUAUUUGCAGAGAUCAUGAUGACCAAUUAAUUUUUAUGGACUAUUUACCUGAAAAAUUAAUAGAGUUACUCAUUUUAAUUAAUAUUUGCUUGUUAAAUUUUUUAUCAACUUAUAUAUAAAAUAAUGCUCCCACUGAUAUAUUAUUGCAUAAGUUGAUAAUGUUAGCGCACGAAAAAAUAAAUGAACGAUAUACAAUAAAACGUAUUAUGUGUAAUAAUAAUGUAAAUAAAAUAAUUCUGUAAUGUAAAUAAAAUAUAAAAAGAGUCAUGAAAAUAUUA